AUGGAAAAGAAAUGCGCCGUUCUUGUACGAUAUGCUCAUGUCUCACUGUUUAGAAUGGCCGAGCCUAACCGCUCAGUGGCUACCCAAUGUCAAACUGUAGGCCCGUGUUCUAUUUUCCUAACCUAUUUCACUGCCUUCAGAACAGAUCAAGAUGUAUCUCUUCAUCGUCUCAUUCUUGGGACGCACACUUCAGACGAGCAAAACCAUUUACUCAUUGUGACGGUUCACUUGCCGAAUGACCAGGCUCAGUUUGAUGCAAGCGCUUAUGAUAGUGAACGUGGAGAGUACGGUGGUUUCUACUUUGCGCACGGGAAACUUGAAAUUACAAUGAAAAUCAACCAUGAGGGUGAGGUCAAUCGAGCUCGGUAUAUGCCGCAAAACCCGGACAUUAUUGCCACAAAGACCCCCAGUGGGGAUGUGUUGAUAUUCGAGUAUCCGAGGCACCCAUCUAAAACGUCACCAGAACAUGGAUGCCAACCGGAUUUGCGGCUAACAUGA